CAACUUCAUAAUUAGGGCAUUAAAACAGGCCACAUCAUGUUAAAGGGUUUUAACAUUUCCACGUAGCGGCGCUCAUAUCUUCCACAAAUAAUUACUUAUUGGGUUAUUUAAAUCUAAUGAUCUAGCGUCAAAUUAUUCUUUCUUAAGGCACUGUCAUUAGAAUUUUUUCGAAAUCUUUUCGCCUCGCGUCAACUUUCUCAAAACCCAUUGGAGGAGAGGUUAAUAGGGAAGUAACUUAUGGCUUUCUCAUCCAAUGGUUUUUGAAAAACAGCCGAUGAGACCGGCGAAUGUUUUGGUGUUUAAAUUAUUUUAUUGCAUUUUAAAAUAAAAUAAUUUAUAUAGCAGAGAGGACGCGAGUAGAAAACGUUGAAGAAAAAGGCCCAACACGCUGCUAAUCAAUAAAGUUGGAGUUUGGAAUGUGAACCUAACACAUGAACUCCGCGUUUUUAAGCCAGUCCGUGUUUUAUCACUGCCGGCAGCAGGUGGGCUCGCGUCAUCGUACGUGCAAACGUGCAAACGUCGGAAGAAAAUUUUUUCGGAAGUAUGGAGGGUUCAUAGGCGGUGGGAUGCUGUCGGCCGCAGUGGCUGGUGGCGUCUUCGCCUCCCCUCCUCCAGCCAGUGUUCUGGCGGCCAUCUUGGCCCUGCGUGACGCGGGGGCAUCGGGGGUCCUCCUCAUUGUGAAGAACUACACCGGGGACCGCCUGAACUUCGGCCUCGCCGUGGAGCAGGCCCGGAACAGAGGCGUGGCGGUCGACAUGGUGAUCGUCGCCGACGAUUGUGCGUUCAGUCAACCCAGUAAGGCGGGGAGGCGGGGUCUGUGCGGGACGGUGUUCGUUCACAAGCUUGCCGGAGCUUUGGCUGCAGAAGGUCGUCCGCUGGAGGAGAUCGUCUGUCAGGUGAAGGAGGCCCUGAAGAACAUCGGUACUCUGGGGGUCAGCUUGUCCCCCUGCAGUGUUCCAGGCUGUCUUCCCUCCUUUGACCUGCCUCCCGGGGAGAUGGAACUUGGCCUGGGCAUCCAUGGAGAACCUGGCAUUAAGAGGUUGAAGGUGGCUACAGCGGACGAAGUGGUGAACAACAUGAUUGAUCACAUGACAAACCCCGCCAGCCAGUCACACCUGGCGCUGAAGUCAGGUGACAGCGUAGUGCUGUGUGUCAACAACCUGGGAGCGUUGUCCCGCCUGGAGAUGGCUGUUGUUACUCGAGCUGCCAUCAGCUGCCUGGAGGGUCGUGGGGUGCAGGUUGCCCGGGUGAUGUCGGGGUCCUUUAUGACAUCACUAGAGAUGGCCGGAGUGUCCCUGUCACUGAUGAAAGCCAACCAGGAAGUACUCCGGCUGUUUGAUGCCAAGACCUCAGCGCCAGCCUGGCCCAACCAGAGCGGCGUGCGUGUCAGUGGGAGGAGCUACACCCUGGACCCCCCGGCAGUCGGCACCGACGUCUCCUCGCAGUCAGAAGGUCCUCUGAGUGGUGUGAUGGCUAACACGCUAGAGAUGGUGUGCUCUUCCCUGCUGCAACGCCAAGAGGAACUAAACUCCCUGGACAGGGCAUCAGGGGACGGAGAUUGCGGGAACACUCAUGCCCAAGCCGCCAAAGCCAUUCUGGAGUGGCUUCAUAGUCAUGUGGUGCCUGGUUGCCCGGGGCAACUGAUGUCCACCCUCGCUGGAUUGGUUCAGGAAAGAAUGGGCGGGUCUUCCGGAGCAUUGUAUAGUUUGUUCCUGACUGCGGCCGCUGUUCCUCUGAAGGACCACUGCCACCCCGCAGCCUGGGCCACCGCUAUGCAUGCUGGGACAGAAGCCAUUAGAAGGUAUGGGGGUGCUGAUCCCGGUGACAGAACCAUGUUGGAUGCUCUGUGUCCAGCGGUGGAGGAGCUGAAGAGACUGGCCACAGUGCCACCUGGUGGUCACAUGGCUGUUCUACAGGCCGCUGUGGAGAGAUCCGAGUUGGGGGCGGAGUCCACCCGUGACCUCAUAGCGAGGGCAGGGCGGGCCAGCUACAUCGCCACGGAGCGUGUGACCCUCCCUGACCCGGGUGCCGUGGCAAUAGCCACCAUUUUGAGAGCAGUUUUCCAAGCCCUCGGGGGAACCGAAGCAAAGUGAUCUGAAUUCAGAGAUUAUUCAGUGUAGAUUACAGACUGAAUGAGCCCAGAUAUUAUUAACAGUGUAAAUUACAGACUGAAUGAGCCCAGAUAUUAUUAACAGUGUAAAUUACAGACUGAAUGAGCCCAGAUAUUAUUAACAGUGUAGAUUACAGACUGAAUGAGCCCAGAUAUUAUUAACAGUGUAGAUUACAGACUGGAUGAGCCCAGAUAUUAUUAACAGUGUAGAUUUCAGAGUGAAUGAGUUUAGUGAUUAUUAACAGUUUAGAUUUACAGACUGAAUGAGUUUAGAUAUGAACAGUGUGUAUAUACUGUAUGGUGUUUAUUCAUUUUAUUGGAAGCACCAGGAAAAAUAAUCCUUCAAAAACAAGACCUUUAGAAUGAAUAGUUGGGGACCAAUCAGUAAUGCAGGAGGGAGGGACUGCUGGUUAUUAUGCAAAUAACUGCACUUUCUAACAGGGUUGACAGCCUUUGACUGUAACUUUAAUACAUGCAUUGAAGACCU